CUAACCUCAAAAAUUAGUCACGUAAAUAUAAAUAUGAACAUUUUUAAAUAAGACUUUAAAACAAUCUUUUUAAGAUGAAAAAGAAAUUAAAAUAUGUGAUAACGUUCGUCUGGUUUUGUUACUUGGUUGUCUCGGCUAUUUUGCUGUUUUCUCGUGGGUUUUUAUUGACCAGGACAGUACAAGACAAUAAUGCUACUUGCAGUUCAAAACUUGAGCAUUUCUGUGAUUCAAACGAUGAAGAAAGUUGUUUUAUUAAAGGAAAGGAGGUAUUUAGUGACUUUCGUAACGAGGCUUUGAAUACUUGCUUGAAACCUACCUCCAAAGUGAUUUUAUUGAUAGUAGAUGCACUUAGAUAUGACUUUACUGUUUACAAAGACAGAGAGAAUCCUUUACCUUACCAGAACAAGUUACCAAUCAUAAAAGAUACCUUAUUAAAUCACCCAGAGUCUUCGAGAUUGUAUAAAUUUAUUGCAGACCCACCAACAACAACAAUGCAAAGGCUUAAAGCACUGACCACAGGCAGUCUUCCGACAUUUAUUGAUGCCGGUUCGAAUUUUGCUACAUCAGAAAUAAACGAAGACAAUAUUAUUGACCAGGUCAGCAAAAAUAACUACACUGUGGUGUUCCUGGGAGAUGAUACUUGGGGAUCUUUGUAUCCUAAUAGGUUUUUACGAAAUUAUCCAUAUCCAUCGUUUGAUGUGUGGGAUCUGGAUACAGUGGAUAAUGGAGUGAAAAAAAGCAUAUUUCCGGAGUUGAAGAAGGAUGAUUGGAAUUUGCUGGUUGGGCAUUUUCUUGGAGUGGAUCAUUGCGGUCAUAGAUAUGGACCAAACCAUCCGGAAAUGUCCAGAAAGUUGUCAGAAAUUAAUAAUGUACUUCAACAUGUGAUAAAUGAAAUGAAUAAUGAUACAAUUCUUUUUGUUAUUGGCGAUCAUGGUAUGACAGUAACUGGGGAUCAUGGUGGAGAAAGCACUGAAGAAGUCACAGCAGCCAUGUUUGUUUAUUCCAAACAACCGUUACUAUCAUUUGGUUCAAAUAAGGAAUCAGUUAAACAAGUUGAUCUUGUUCCAACAUUGUCAGCUCUUCUGGGAGUACCAAUUCCAUUUCAAAAUUUAGGAAUCUUAAUAAACACUGCUUUGCCUAGUACCAGUUCAAAUUCUUGGAAACUUUCGUUGUUCUGGCUUUGGAACAAUGUCCAACAAAUUGUUCAUUACAUUAAAGUUUACUCUGAAAGCACUCAAAUUUUUGAUAAGGAAUAUCUUGAAUUAUACUACAAAGAAUAUGACUCAUUACACCAAGAAAUCAUCUCAGUAAAUUCAGAAGAGCAAUUUGUACAUUUCUACGAAAAAGCUGAAGGUUUUUUGAAAAAAUUGAGGCUUUUAUGUGAAGAGGUCUGGAUACAGUUUGACCCAUUCUCAAUAAGCAAUGGACUAACUUUUCUCUUCCUUGCUGUAUUCUUCAUGUAUAUUAUUUGCGACGGGAUACCUUUACAGCAUCUGUCACAUGUCAUUGAAACGUCGUUUAUUUCAGUGUUCUGUUUGGUGUUAGUUUUUUCAUUUAUUCUGAUAGGGUUUUUGGAACUGUCAAGUUUUGCAGAUAACUUUUCUUACUCUUUUGUUUUUGUGGCAAAUAUGAUUUCUCCUCUGAUGUUCUUGGUGCCGAUAUUUCAGAACUGGGAGUUUAUCAGUACAAAGUGGUAUAAGAGGAAAAUAAACGUAAUUAGUGUGAUAUGUAGGUUGGUUUUGGUUUUCAAUGUUCUAGUCCCAUUCUCUAAUAGUUUCAUCAAUGAAGAAGCGAGUGUUUUAUUAUUUUCUUUUGUGACAGUUCUUUUAACUGCUUUACUUCACCUGGUUUGGUACAGAAGAAACUUUUACAAAAAACAGUUUUUAAAACCAGUUUUCUUUGUUUUGUUUGUCUUUUGUUCUUUGAGGAUUACAGGCUAUUUUUGGAGGUGCCGCGUUGAACAACAAUGGUGCUUUUCAUCUCCUCAUGAAGUUGGAACAUCCUCAAAAACUCAGCCUACUAAAAUUGAGUGGAGUUUGGCAGUUGUGUCACUCUCUUUGACAGUAAAUGCCGCAAAAAUGUGGUUAAGACACUGUGGAAACUUAAGUGGUUACUCGGUAACGCAAUUUUUAACCAAAAUCAUCCCUAUGUGUAUGGUAGUCCUUUCUGCCGGGUUUUGGGUCUUACAGAAAUUCUCAAAAAUAUCAAACAAACGAAGAAUAAGUUACCUCCCCUUAUCAGUGUACAUUCUUUCAUUAAUUUCUUUAGUUAUUCUUGUUAUAAAACCCUUAUGCAUAAGCUUAAUACCACGGGACAAAGGUUUCUCAGAAAAAGAAGAGAAUUUGAUUCCAAGCAUUUACAAUAAGUUAAAAUCGAAUAUGGAGAAAAAUUCUAGGGAUGUGCCUAUAGUGUAUGGUUUGGCAACAGCGUAUAGUGCUGUGUAUGUUAUUUUGGCGUUGUAUUUGAUAUUGGUGUUUGGUUUGUUGUUGGGGGAAGGUUUUGCUUCUUCAACUGGUAUUAUGGUGAUAGCUGCUGUGUUUUUAUUGGUCGUGACGUCAAUGAUGAGAAUAAAACAGGCAGAAACGAUAGAGGAUUUGUUCAAUGUGCCGACAGUAGCCAUUAUAGGAUGGGCUUUAAUAGCCCAAUACUUCUUCUACGCUACUGGACAUCAACCUGCCUUUCCCAAUAUCACCUGGGAUGCCGCUUUUGUGGGAACCUCAGGAAUCUUCAGCCACCGUUACAUUCUAGGGGUGUUGAUUAUAAUCAACACUUUCGGGUCAUACAUUAUAAUGGGAAUGACGCUACCUUUGUUGGUUAUAACCCCUUUUACUCUAUUUAUCAUGAUGCCCAGUGUACUUGGUAAAAAUAAGGACUUUUUGCAACACGCACAAAAAGGGGAAAUGAUGUUGUAUGAAAGAAGUAAAAUAGUAUCUGCAUCCAUGUUUUCGUUGUGUUGUAAAUACAUCUCUACAUUUGGUAUUAAGGUAUUUGCCAGUAUGUUGGCAGCUACAAUUCACUGUAGACAUUUAAUGGUUUGGAAUAUCUUUGCACCGAAGUUCAUUUUUGAAGGAGUCGCCAUGUUUGUCACGUUGGGUUCUGUUUUAUUAGGAUAUUUGUUAUUUAUUCGCAUUAACCAUCAGGUUGAAAAAUGUAUUGAUAAGCUGAAUAAAAUGAUGUAGAUAUUUUAUUAUUGUUUAAGACUGUUUUAGUAUUUUGUAGAACAAAAUGUGUUUUGUAAUUUAUUGUCAAAAUAAAUAUGUGUGUUUUAAA